AGUAGUAGUGUGAAANACAAUCCUCACGUCCUUCUGAGUCCCCAGUCUCCUAAUUCUAUAUCCCCUUUGGAUGACCAAGAAGCGUCCAAAUCUACGAAAGGAAACAAAAUGACUCAAGGUGAUUUAUACCAGCGUCAACCUUUGCUGCCAACGCCGGCCAAGGGUGACAAAUGGGGCAAUAGCAAUCAUCCCACCGCGGCCGCCGAUUAUUUCGAAGAUGACGACGAAGAAGCGCUACACAAAAGUACUGAAUCUAAUGGAAUUAUUAAAAUUAAUAUGCCUCCACCGGUCAGGGAGGAACCCAGAUUUCCACAAGAACGGUGGAAAACGCUUAUAGCUGCACUCGUGAUGUUUUUCAAUUUCCUCCUCUCGCUGGCUUCACUGUCACUUGUACACGAACGAGUACCUGACCGUAAGACGUACGGCCCCCUUCCGGACAUUUUCCUUGAUAGUUUUACUGUCCAAGAUUGGGCUCUAGAUGUAUCUGAGUACAUUAUAGUUAUUUCCGUAAAUUCUGCCUUGAUUACUAUUUUACUACAUAAACACAGAUUUAUUGUAUUUAGAAGGAUAUUUUUACUUAUGUCGUUAUUGUACAUGUACCGUGCGAUUACCAUGUACGUUACCGUGUUACCUAUUGCCAAUAAAACUUAUUAUUGUUCGCCAAAAGCCAACGAAACGUCCCCGUAUGUUAUAAUUAAAAGGAUGGUCAGCCUGUUCUCCGGCUUCGGAUUGUCCAUCAACGGCAAACAAACUUAUUGUGGAGACUCGAUAUACAGUGGGCACACAGUAGUCUUAGUAAUUAGUUACCUCUUCAUAGCUGAAUACACUCCUAAAAAAUUAUAUCCUAUCCAUUGGCUCUAUUGGUUGCUGGCUGUGAUAGGGGUGAUAAUGUUGCAAUUAGCUCGAGGUCAUUACACAAUAGACGUUAUUGUUGCCUACUAUGUAACUAGUCGAUUGUUUUGGAUUUAUCAUACGCUAGCCAACAAUCCUACUUUAAAGAUGGUGUCCUAUAUGUUUGUUUUCUUGUUAAUUUCCUUGGCGCUUUCUUUUCUCCUACUUUUUCCAAAAUCGCCUCGCUUUAUUAAUAUUUCCCACCCAGUGAAAGGAUAAGGAUACAUUUUUCCC